AGUACCCUAUGCAAGUGACCUAUUUCCUCUGAAUUAUUUUCAUCAACUCUUGACUAGGCUAAAUUACUCAAAUAAAUUUUAAAAGUUGACAUUUUUUCCUCCCAAUGAGGAUUUAUCUUUCUUUCAUUCUCAGGCAGGCAAAGCACAUUUUAAGUCCAAACUUAAGUCUUGGCGAUGCCAACCACAACAACCACCUCGCAGGUCGUGACUCCCGUGGAGACGCCGUUCUACGAUGUGGAGAAAAGACUGGACGAUGAAAGUAUAGAUGACUAUGACGCUGUGCUGUUUACCGUGUGUGACGUGUUCGGGAGACCGAGGGGAAAGUUUGCUGUGGGGUCGGGGGUGAAGAAAUUUGUGAAGGAAGGGAUGGAGAUGCCCAACAGUGAGUAUGCCCACUGGCCAAAUCUGUUACAUUUGCUAUUACGAUAACAGUAACAUUUCGUGAUAUUGUCAUAAUUUGAAAACAAAUCAUCACAGGAACAUAGCUAUGCUGUUGUCAAAAUCAAUAACAUAUAAAUCACAUUGCCAUAAUGAGCACAGUAACAUAUUUAUGAUAUUGCCAUAAUGAGCUCUGUACCAUAGUAAUGAUAUUGCCAUAAUGGGCACAGUAACAUUUAAUGAUAUUGCCAUAAAGAGCGCAAUAACAUAUUAAUGAUAUUGCCAUAAUGAGCACAGUAUCAUAGUACCGGUAACAAUAUUGCCAUAAUGAACACAGUAUCAAAAUAAUGAUAUUUCCAUAAGUAUUAAUUAGAGUCUUGAUUGAAGGUAUACAGAACAAACGGUAAGAUUCAAACAAUGGAUCAGUGAUAUUAAACAAAUUAUUUUUCACACCUUCCCCCCAGCCACCUGUGUUUUGGGUUUCAACUCUGAGGUUCCUAAAACAGUUCUGAGAUACAGCCAAGCAAAAGCAUCCACCUGUCGAAUGUUUCCUGAUCUGUCAAGCCUGCGACCCCUGAGUUGGUUGUGCAAGGAAGGAAGAAAGGUCCUUGGUUAUUGAAAUGUGCAGAAACAAAACCAGCCUUAAAUUGCGCCUGGUGUCAUAGGCUUGCAAUUAUAUCGUAGAAUGUAUAUUUCUUAUCUCUAGAAAACAUUAGUUAACAAUGAUAACAGUGUCAGACUGCCAUAAACAUAAAGCUUUCAAGUAGAUUAAUGAGGCACAAAUAAUUUUUGUACAUAAAAUAAUAUAGGUUUAAGCUUUAAUUAUGUUUACCCUAAACACUUCAGCAAAUGACUUCAUCAGUAGGCCUACAAUAAAAACAUUAAUAUAAGUAUAAUUUAAUUGACAUAAUACAUAUAUAUAUAUAUAUAUAUAUAUAUAUAUAUGUGUGUGUGUGUGUUUCUUACCUAAAAUUAAGUGUAGGAUACAUAUAUAUUUGAAUUAUGUAAAUUUAAUUUGCACUUAUAUGAAUUUUUUUUGUUGUACUGACGAAGGCAUUUGCCGAAGUGUUUGCAUUUGUAUUCUGUGUAACCUUAAAUAAAGCUUAACCUAUAUCGUUUUAUGAUUUAUGUACGCAAAUUGUUUGUGCCUCAUUAAUCUAGAAAACAUUAGCCGGCAUUAGGGAAUCACAAAUGAAGGAGCUUAACCCCCACCCAUCCCCAACAACCCAUUUGAAGUCCUACUGUUUGUGUGCAUGAAUUUUAUUUUACAGAUAAAAUACAGGAGAUAGUAAGUUAAGUAAGGUAAAUUUUGGAAACCCAACUCCCCCUUUUUUUUUUUUAAAGAAAGGAUUUCAGAGUUCGAGGUCAAACAUUACAAUAUGGUACCUACAAUGUUUUAUUUCUUUAUUUUAUUUCUUUGCAUUUUAUUUCUCAUUUACAAAAGGAACUCAAGCAUGGCAAACUAAUAGUGACCAGUAGUUUUUAUAUAAAUAAUAAUAAUGAAUUUAGUAUUGUUUAAAAAGUUUUGAUCCUCGAAUCAAAGAUUUGUGUGGUGAUUUCCUGCAAGGCGCAUGCCUUUGAUCUGAUUAAAAGAAAUAUAAAUGUCGUAGAGGAUGUUUCCUGUCCGGCAUAUUCUGUACAUUGGUGGUUCACAAAAUGGUGGUCUGGACAAUCCAAUAACCAGAUAACCUGAUGUUUCUGCUGUAAUUAAAUCGUGGAUAUGAUUUUUGUGUGACCAUUCACGACUCCUUGUUCUUUUCAGGUGGGCCAGGUGUUGUGUGACUUGUACGACUCGAGCAAAAAACCCGACCCUUCCUCACCCCGAGAGAUUGCCAAGAGGCAGGUUGCAGCACUGGAGAAGAUUGGUUUCCAGAUCAUGUCGGCUCAUGAGACAGAAUUCAUGAUGUUCCACAAGGGAACACUAAACCCAAUGGGAGGGAACGUGAGUCAGUCAUUUAAUCUCACCAAUUAAUCAUUUAAUCUCACCAAUUAAUCAUUUAAUCUCACCUAUUUGUCAUUUAAUCUAAACAGCUUUUUUAAACUCACCAGCUGGUCAUUUAAUAACACAUUUGGUCAUGUAAUCUCACCAGUUGGUUAUUUAAUCUCACCAGCUGGAUAUUAAAUUUCACCAUUUGGGUAUUAAAUCUCACCAGUUGAACAUUUGAUCUCAUUAGUUGAUGUUGUGAGUGUUGAAAACUUAAUUAUAUUGAAAAGCAUUUCCUUUAGGGUGCAGACCUGUUGCAUCUAUUAGUAACUUUAAAUAAGUGCAAUGUUAAGUCCAGAAUCUAAGAAGACCUAAGUUAAAUUGCUUCUUUACUGCUGUGCUGUCAAAAGGCCAAUAUACAUUAAAAUUAAACAGCAUUUGUUGAUGUUUUAGUAUGAAAAUAAUUUUUGUCUCUUUCCAGAUCCAUGAGAUUGUCAACAUGUACAGACUGGACGGUGAGCUGUCAUUUUUAUAUGAUGUCAUGUUGGGCUUGUUGAACUCUGGCAUUCCAGUUGAGACACAAAUGGAAGAAUUCCAGCCUGGUCAAGUGGAGGUAGGAAAAGUCGAAACAUUUUUAAAAAGAGAUUAUGUUCAUUUCAUCAAAUAAAGGUGUACAUGCUGACUUAAAUGUGAAGUAAUGGAUUGAUUGGAGUUACUGCUACAAAAUAAAGUAUAUUUUUAUUAAUACCACAAUAUUCAUAUUUGAAUCAUGGAAUCAAUUUGAUUUGAUGUCUUUGUUUUACUAGUCACUUUUAUGUUGUUGUUUGUUUCAAAAAAUUUAAAUAAAAGGAAUCAAAAAUCAAUGAUAAUGCAUUUGAAAAAAAUUGAUUUUCUGUUUUUAUUUAUUAUCUCAAAAUAUUCUAAAAAAAACUAAGUAUUAUAUUUCUCUGUCAGUACUCUCUCCUAUCUCAGUUCUUUAAUUUAUCUGACAGCACUCUCGACAAUCUAAGUGUUAUAUUUUUCUUCCAGUACUCUCUACAACCUCAGUAUGGGAUCAAGAUGGCAGACUGUGUUCAUAGAAUGCGAUACAUUGCCAAAGCUAUCGGUGACACUGGCGGCUUUGACUCAGUUUUUAUGACCCGUCCUCAUGCAGAGAACCAAAGCAAUGGCUACCAUUUAAAUCAUUCUCUCUGGACCCUGGAUGGAAAGUAAUCAAAACAGAAUAGCCGUAAUGUUUCAUUUUUAAGCUCUCUUUGUUUUAUCGGAAAAGGCAUAUCUCAAUAUAUUGUUUUGUUUAAACAGAAAAAUAUUGUUGAAAACUUUAAAACAGUAGAUAACAAACAAAACACAUACUCCCACCCAAACACCCCCCUCCCCCCCACCCCCCCCACCCCCCCAUGAUUAAAUGAAAUAAUAAAUGAAGGACUGUGAAAUGUUUUUAUCUUAUUGUCCUGUCUUUCAAUUCAAGCUUCCACAUACCUUGUCCUACUAUUUCCUUAAAUAAAAUACCAUUUAAUGGUGACAUAGCUUGUCAUUAUACUUUUUGAAUUUAUGCUAAAAAAUGGCUGCCUUCAAAUGUGUGUUUAUAUUUUUAAAUUGUUGUACCUUCUUUCAAUGAAAAUCUAUCAUUAACAAAGGCUUUCAAUGUGGCCUAGUAAAAUGAAUGCCUUUUUUUUUUUAACAUUAAUUUGUAAACCAUUUAUUUGUCUUUUUCCAGAAAUGCUUUUUAUGACCCAGAUGGCGAUCACAAAUGUUCAGAGAUUUUACGUCAUUGGGUGGCAGGUCUACUUCUGCAUGGACACGCUCUGUUGGCUCUAUUCAACCCAACAACAAACUGUUACGAGAGACUGCAUGGUUUCUUUUCACCAAGUGACAAUGUCUGGAAUUAUGAUGACAGGUAAUGUUUCUCACAAUAUUUUAUCAUUGUUGAAAGCAAUAAAUGCAAUAUUUUUCUUUAGUGGAAAUUAUUUUUAUUAUUUGAUGUUAUAAUAUAUUUUAAUAUAUGCCAACUAGUUUCAACUACAUUUGAAAGUAAAAUACAUUUAUUUUUAUGGUACAAAAAAUAUUCAUUAGACUAAUCCAAAAUCAAAUAUAAAUUAUUUUUGUCAAAAGCUGUUCAUUAAAAUUAGUAUUGGACAACAAAAACUAUCUUUAAGCAACAUUAUAAAGUAUUUAGGCCCACAUAUUAUAUCUUAGGAAUGUCACACUGCAUAAAUUGUUGGAGUAUCCACAGCCAUUCAGGCUAAAAAGAAUUUUUUUAAACUCUUGCGUCUCUCAAGUAUCAUACCUUGAAUAUUAUUCUUCUAGAAAUGCCAGACUGCGUGUUAAGACAAAAGGCAAGAACGUACAUAUAGAAGAUAGGUCCCCAUCUUCUGCUUGCAACCCUUACCUUGUACUAGCUGGUCUUAUAGCAGCUGGUAUGGAUGGUAUUGUCAACAAAUUGGAAUGUCCAGCACCAAGAGAGUUCAGGUAAAAUUUUGGAUGUCUGCUUAUGAGAGAAUUCAGGUAAAUUUCCCCCAUCAAUAGAAUUCAGGUCAAAUGUAAAUGUAAUGCACCGAGAGACUUCAAGGAAUUUGGUUGUGGACUAUCACAAAAAAGAUUUAGUUUUACUUCUUUACUUUACAAAAAAAAUAUAAUGUUAUAAAUUUUGGUUCAACGUUCCUUACUCUGUAAGGUCAAAAAUAAAUCUAUAAAUCUAUCAGUAAAUUAUUUUUUUUUAAAUUUUAUACUUUACUUGUUUACAAAUUAAAUUUUAAUGCACUAGUAAGAAAGCUUUAUUUCCACUCAGAUGUUAAUCAACUUAGUUGAAACAUUGGAAAUGUUUAAGGAAAAUCAGUAUUAUUAUUACAUUUUUUAAAAACAAAAUUUCCUUUUUUUUAAAUAAUAAUUUAAUGAUAUUUUUUUAUUUACCCUUUCCAUUUUUCUUAAUUUCCCCAAAUGUUCUCCACUACUUCCAAACAGGCCACUGGUAGAAGGGGAUGCCAGAGGUAAGCCAGAAAAUCCACUCCCAAAAACAUUUGAUGAAGCUCUCAAUGCUCUGGAAAAAGACACCGUCCUGAAAACUGCACUGGGCAAAGAAUUCAUUGAAGACUACAUUGCCUUAUGUAAGGAGUUUCAGCUGGAGAAGCUAAAAGACUCUUUGGUUAAAGAACCGAGUGAACGCUUUGAGGCUGCCAGGGCACUUUUCUUAUACAAUUUAUAAAAUUGCUUAAGAAUAAUACCUGGCUGUUAGUUUACAACUUGGAAAAUCAUUGUUAUUAUCAUUAUGGGGCUCAAAUCUCUAAUUUAGCAAGUUGCAACCAGGGCGGCAUAGUUGUUAAUCUCUGUCUUAUAACCUAUUAAUGUUCCUACAUUCAGUGGCACAACUAGGGGGGUGAAAAGGCCGACUGCCCCAGGAGGUACUUUAGGGAGAGUAGCAAAUUCAUUUUUCUUAAGUUAACUUUUUACAUUGACCUAUUAAAAUUAAACUUAAGUGAAAUUUGCUUUUGGAAUAGAAAACUAUAUAUUUUUUAUAUAAUAAAAUACCUGUACUAACUGUGCAAUCAUGAUUAGUAAUAAUUUUCAAUCUUGCUUUGCAAGCAUUGAAAUCUAAAAGUGAAAGCUAAAAUUAGCUAAAAUUCAGUGAUUAAAAAAACAUAACAAUUGAAGAGCUAUACAUACUAUAUUUACUUCCAUUAGGCUGCUUCAUAUUUUUAAUUUUUUUAAAAGAUCAUCUUUUAAUUUGUGCCCCAAAAAGAAACAUAAUGUUUUUUUGGACAGUUCUACACUUACAAAUUGAACUCCCAUUAAUUACUGAUUUAUUUCAAAGUUAUUUCAGCUUUGAAAGAUGUUUCUAAUUUUUUUUUACAAAAUAUUUUACAAACAUAAAAAUUUCCCAAAAUUGUGGGCCGAUUUAUAAAGCAAUGUUAACUAAGCAUUUGGAGACAUUAUUAUUAAUAGGUGGUUUUAUAUAGCGCAGUACCCCAACCUAGGGCUAGGCUCACUGCACUUGACAUGAAAAUUAGCAAUUACAUAAACUUAGGCUAUACAUUUAAAAACAACAAUAGGUCCAAAGCUUGACCUCACCCACCCAAGUACUAUCUACCCCGGUCUAGCCAUGGACAGCACCCAGCAGAAUUGAGCAUUGUUUAUCAGUCAGAGGGGGGUGAGAAUGAUGUGUCUGUAUAGUACAGUUUAAAAAGAUGGAUCUUGGGGGCAGUUUUGAAGGCUGUGAUGGUCAUUUACUUAAGGGAAAAAAUUUAUUCAUCUGCAAAUGACAAGUGUAACCCAAACUGUACAAACAAAGGAAUGAAAUGUUGCUGCAUAAUAUUAAAAUUAAAAAUAAUUCUUAUCAUGAGCACUAAGGCUUUACUGAAUAUAGUGUAGAGCGUCAAUUUCCUGAACUAAAUGGGACCUGUGGUAUUUCGGAUACCAAAUAUUUGGAUAACCAAUGACACCCACGCAUAAAGGAUUAGUGGACAUUAUAUAAAAAUAUUCCUACUUAAUUUUUAUGUAAGCAUCGUGCAUAAUUGUACAGUGUAUUAAUCAUACCAUCGGAGUCGGCUGAUUGAGGUCAAAAGCCAGUGAGGACAGGAUUUUUUUCUAUGCAAAGAUGUAUUUCCAAAACCAGAUGACUUACGGUCACUUGAACUAUGCAGACGUGUAUAACAUAUUGUAAGGCGUUUAGGCCCCCCUUUAUUUCCCCUUAAUGUAAAUCUCAAAAUGAAGUGUACAAGAUGGAUGUUGCAAAAGUUGUAACAUUUAUUUUUUUUUUUAAUUUUCUCAAAACUUUAAGGGCAUGUCUUACAAUCAGGAGCAGUCUAUGCUAGAAACAAUACAUUACCCAUAUAUAAAUUGACAAGUUUGAAGAUUGCAUAAUCCCAGAUGAGUCACCACAUGUACAGUAGGUAUGAGACCGAAAUCAUUUCCGGUGAUUAUACCGGUACGCAAAUGUUUUAUUCAAUACAUAUUGCUUAUGGAAAUAAUAAUAAGUAUUAAAAAAAAAGGCAAGGACAGUUCAGAUAACCAAAGUUUCAGAUACACAGCAUUUGAAAACUCAACACUCUACUGUUCUGAUAAUUUUUUAUUGGAGGGGAUGCAAUAUUUGGAGGAAGCCCCUGUUGGCUUUGGUCAAAGUUUGCCACUGCCUACAUUGUUUUAUGAAACAAGCAGAGUGUCAACAUAUGGAGUUAUAUCAUUAAGAUAUUGAAUAUUGACGUUUACAGGUAUCAAAUUGUUUUAUUUGAAAAAUUGGUUACUUAUUAUUUCUGUGUUAACAUCUCAUUGCAGUAGUAUUGUAGAUUACUAGGAGUAAUAAUUUUGUUAAUGGGGUUUUUCUCACAAUUCAUGCUUUUGGUCUAUCUAUGAAUUGUAUAAUUAACAGGUUUUUAAGCUUAUAAAUAUAACUGUUGACCUUGUAUUGUGUUGUAUUUGUUAUGUUUCAGUUUGUAUUUAUCCUUUCUUUAUAUGCGGGUAACAUGGCAGAUUGAGGUUUCUGCCAGAAAAAUGAAUCUACUAACAAAAUAGUAUUUAAUGUUUGUGAACACUUAGCACAAUGUUAUUUAUUUUUAAAAUUAAACAUUAAUUAUACCAUCAUAUUCAUACGCAGCUUGCAAAAGGCAAAACGUUGUAUUUUGAAUGAUAGACGAGUAAGAAUUGAAGACAUUUUAAUGGACAAUGCUUUUUUAAAAGGGCUAAUAUUGUAGCAUAAUACCCAAUGCAAUGUAGAAAGUAUAAAAUAAGCCAUUCAUAGCAUAGUAACCUGUUCUGGUGUAAACACGUCAAUAAAACAACAGUGCAGUGGACAACUGGAUUUUUUAACUUACUACCAAAAUUCUAACGUUUUUCAAAACAUGUUUUGAUCAUAAUUUGAUGUGUCAUUAGUCAUAUGAUAUGUGUUUUUAGCUUUUAUUAUAAUUAUAAUACCCCUCCACUAAAAUUGUGAAAUAGGGUCAAUAUUUUUGUGACACUAGGUGACCGACUAGGUAUAUCAUUCCAGAAAUUUUUUUUUUUUUAAAAUAAUAAUAAUAAUUGAUAAUCAAUGUUUUUGCUUUCUUUUAAUCAAUAUUUUGUUUUUCUUUUUAAAACUUGAUAGGUUUGUUAUUGUGUAAUAUAGGUGUUGGGUUAUUGUUUUCAGAGCUACCAAACCUUGGGAAAGUUCCCAACAAUAUCUUCGGAAUUCACAACACCUCAUGCGAUCUUGGGAAUAACUAUGAAAAUCAAGCGAAACCUUUGAAAAUACUACUAUUAGGUUGGAGAGAAAAUAAAUUGAUAAUUCAUUAAAAAAAAAAAGCAAUAAAAUUAGAAAAUAAUGGGAAAAUAUUAUUUUUAAAUCAAACAAAGAACAAAUUAUUUGCUUUACUACUUUUCAAUUUUGAAA